AUGGGUUCAUCGCACUCAAGGAGUAUAGUGUCCGACCCAGAGAGGUUUGCAAGUCGUAUCCCGCAUGAGCCGGGUGGAAUUCCCCAAUGGCGUCAAUACGACUACAUCAUCGUUGGUGGCGGCACUGCAGGAUGUGUCCUUGCCUCUCGGCUCUCUGAGGAUCCAUUGAACACUGUCCUGCUCAUCGAGGCGGGUAAGAGCCAUGAAGGCGACUUACUAAGUCGUAUUCCGCUUGCGUACACCAAGAUGUUCCGGACGUCGGUCGACUGGAGCUAUGAAACGACCCCGCAGAAAACCAUGUAUGACCGACGGAUAUGUUGGCAUCGAGGCAAGUUGUUAGGCGGGUCAAGCUCUCUGAACUCUAUGAUUUACCAUCGUUGUUCACCCGAAGACUUUGACGAGUGGGAAAAACUCGGAGCGAAAGGAUGGAGCUAUGCCGCUAUUCGUCCGUACUUCGACAAGGCCGAGCGGUACUGUCCUAGCUCGCAGUAUCCUGAAGUCAAACGAGAUGAGCAUGGCUCGAGUGGUCCCUGGGCUAUAACGCAUAAUGUUCAAGCUGCUAUUACUGACGCCGCCAUCGAGACUUGCAAGGCAAUGGGUUUGCCCUACAAUCCGGACAUGAAUUCGCCGCGAGGAACAAUGGGAGUCGGGCCAUUCGUUGGGCACAUCGACAAGAAGGGUAAACGGAGCUCCUCUGCAACAGCAUAUCUCACACAGGCAGUGCUGGCGAGGCCAAACUUGACUAUUGCUGUUGAAACCAUGGUUGAAAAGAUCAUCUUCGCUCAUGCACCUGAUGUUGAGCCUCGCGCGGUCGCCGUCGAAGUGUCGAAAGGCCGUGGCUCGCCGCGAUACCGUGCCGACGCUACCCGCGAGAUCAUUCUGUGCGGCGGGGCGAUUGCCAGUCCACAACUCCUGCUCCUGUCCGGUAUCGGGCCUGAAGAUGAACUACAACAACUCGACAUCCCUGUUGUACAGGAUCUACCUUUCGUCGGAAAGGAUUUCACUGAUCAUAUUGCAUCUGGCCCGCUGUGUUUCCGUGCUAAACCGGCGGCCACUUGGGAUCAUUACACCAGUCGUGUUCCUGGGGCAUUAGCCUUGCUUAGAUGGUUUCUCACUGGAGGAGGACCACUCGCGGCCCUUGGAAGUCCGUCCGGGGCGUUCUUGCGCUCGGAUGAUCCUAGGAUCGCAGUGCGAUCAGAGUUGGCGGAAAGUCGUGCGACCAAAAAUAUGACUUCCGGACCCGGUGCCCCGGACCUGGAGCUCGUUUGGGCCCCAGUCUGCUUCUCGGUGGAUAACGGAAUUGUCGUACCGGUCCCGGGGGCAUCUGGUAUAACAAUGGGGGCGGUAUGCCUCAAACCUGAGAGCACCGGCCAUAUUACCUUGUCAUCCAAGAGCAUCUGGGACACGCCCGUCGUUGAGGCUAACUAUUUUCAAUCAGCAAGCGACAUGAACGUCGUACUUCGCGGGACGAGGUUCCUCCUCCAAAUCGCUCGGACUGAACCUUUGGCUUCUCUACUCGAGAUUACCAAUCCGGUAGAUCAAAGUGACGCCUUUUGGCCAGGACACGCUGACCCGGACAAGGCUAGUUAUGCUCCCCUUUGGGCAUGGAUACGUCGCAACGCUGAACCAACCUUCCACGCGGUAUCUACAGCAAGGAUUGGACGAGACCGAGAGACCAGCGUGGUCGACCCCGAGCUUCGGGUCCAUGGGAUCCGCUGCCUGAGGGUCGUAGACGCGUCGGUAUUUCCUUCUCAAGUAUCCGGUCAUCCGGUUGCCGUUGUCAUUGCCAUUGCUGAGAAAGCAGCAGAUCUCAUCAAGUCAAGCGCACGCUAG